AUGGCGGACAUCCAGCCCCCGCAGCAGCAGCGCGUGCGCAAGAGAAGGCGGCGCACGAUUGCCUGUUCGCAGUGCCGCAGCAGGAAACUGAAGUGUGACCGCGAGUAUCCGACGUGCGGCCGGUGCCUGAAGAGCAAAGCGCCCACCAAAUGCUCCUACGAAGAUGGCUUUCUGUGGCAGCAACCCAGCACGGUGGAUUCGUCUUUCCCCGACCGGACGCCUGCAGCCACUACAGCUGCGACACAGAUGCAGUUGGCCGAUCGGCCGGCUGCUGCCCACCCGACCCCAGACUCGGCGAUAAGCAAGCCGUCGGCUCGGCCUCAACUAACCAAUUCGACGACUGCACAUCCUGGCGAGGAAAAACGCGAUCGAUUCCUGGAAACCGUCCUGGGGGCGCCGAAAGCCGCGGUCAACCAGGAUUUCGUGAACGGUGCUGAACUCUUGCACCGCAACAGACAUCAUACUGCGAACUCCGACUCGCAGGCCGACUCGGUGCAGGACGAUGAGCCCCCGGUAUCACCAUCCCAGUCGCUGGAUCUUUCGCCUAGGAUCAUGAUGCGAGGGAAGGAUACCAAGACUCGCUUCAAUGGAUCCGGCAUAUUUGCGAACCUUAUUGCCCAGUUUCCGGAUCUCAGAUCGUUUGCAGAAGAAAUCCGGCUUUCUAGCCCUCACCUUUCAGCUCUUCGGUUCGACCUGACCAGGGUUACGAGGGGUCUCUGGAAAGUGAGAGUCCUGAACCAGCCUGUUCAAGACUUUAGUGCGGCGUCUUUAGUUUCCUUGCUUCCGUCUCGACAGGCUGUUGAUGAGUUGGUGAUUCUGUUCCUCACGCAUGUUGAGUCCAUACAUAGGAUCUUACACAUUCCCACAUUCCUCAAGGAAUUGGAUAUUUUCUGGGAGCAGAAAUCUAACCCUAGCCUUGUGUCCCCGGCAUUUGUGGUGCAGCUGCUCCUCGUCCUUGCGUGUGCGUGGAAUCUUGCAGAUUUCUCUACUCUGGAACUGAAGAAUGGAUCGAGCCUCAAGUGUUAUACUGCUAUAGAAUGGAUCAUGUAUGCGGACAAGUGGAUCGAGAACGCCCACAUCAAACGCUCAGAUAUCAUGGUCCUUCGACUGCAUGUGCUUCUGGUCACUGCGCAAAAGGCCCACGGGAUGUGUCGAAGCAAGGCAUGGCUCACCACAUCAAACCUUGUGAAACGGGCCAUGCUGGCCGGUUAUCAUCGGGACACCAGCAUGUAUACCAAGAUCUCACCGUUCAACCAGGAAAUGCGCAGGCGCAUAUGGACUACCAUCGUGGAACUGGACCUUCAGGUAUCCCUUGAGCGCGGCAUGGCACCAGCAGUACAAGAAUCGGACUAUGACACGGUGGCCCCCUUGAACGUAAACGACAUCGACCUCCACGAAACCAUGGAAGAGUUGCCUGCAGAGCGCCCACUAGAAGAAUUCACCGAUUGUUCCUUCCAGGCAGCCCUAUCGCAGUCGCUUCCAUUGCGGCUGAAAGCUUGUGCCUUGAUGCACUCGCCACGGAUCAGAUGUCGCUAUGAGGAUAUUCUCCGCUUAGAUUGGGAACUAAACCGGUAUAUGUCGAAAAUACCCAAUUGGCAGGUCCCCGAUCUUGGCAAUAUUCAAACAGCGGACAAAGUGACUUUAACAAAGUACAUGUUGGAGAACAAAAUCGGGCUUAGCCUUCUGUCCAUACACACCCCCUUUGCAAUCGAAGCGGCACGGGAGCCUCUCUUUGCUCCAUCUGCCAGGUCGCGGCUGGAGCUUGUGACUAUGAUUUUAUCGACUCAGAAACGACUUCAUGAGACAUCAAUGCCUCUCUCUCUCAGUAACCUCGGCGAUUGGACCGUGCAGGCUUAUUGCUCAGUCUGCCAAUUGCUACAUGAGUCAGCUUCUAUUCGUAGCACCAACUCCGUUUCUCUCAUUAAUACACUUCCUGGGAUACCAGAGUCCUUGAUAUCCUUGGUGGAGGUGGCUCGCGCCUGUAUGGAGACUCACCUCCUUUCGGUAAUCAAGGGCGCGAAGGAUUACUUCUUCAUGUCCACCAUUCUGGCACUGGCGAAGGCCAAAAUAUGGCCAGUGCAAGCAGCCGUCUACAAGCAAGAGGUGGUCCAACGUGUCAUCUUAUUUGCUCAGACACUUUUCACGCGCCACGCCAAUUGCGCCCACCUGGGAGAACUGGGGAUGGGGAGCUUCAAAACUAACCAGGUGCCUGGUUUGGAUAGUUUUCACGCAGUGCCUUCGCAGUUCAUGGCCGAACCUAGUGUCGCUCUGCCAGAUGACUUUGGGCUGAUGCCGCCUGGCGAUUUAGACCCUUUUAUGGAAGCGUUUGACUGGGGCGAUAUGACGGGGUUUGCUUUUGAAUAG